UAAACCAACGUAAAAGCGUUGGUAGAGAAAAGGCAAAUCACAAUGAAAUCUUCUUCAAGGAUGGGGUCUUCAUCCCAUCUCAUCUACGCUCUAGGUGUGAUCAUCAUGGCAACAAUGGUUGCUGCUUAUGAACCAGUGACAUUGCCACCACUCCCAUCAUACUCACCAUCUCCAAAGGUAGAAUACAACGCUCCUCCCCUACCAUACAUUAACAAUUCUCCACCACCACCAACAUACUAUUCUCCAUCCCCAGAAGUUGAUUACAAAUCUCCACCACCACCUUAUAUCUACAAUUCUCCACCACCACCACCAUAUUAUUCACCAUCUCCUAAAGUUGAGUACAAGUCUCCUCCACCACCAUACGUCUACAAUUCCCCACCACCACCACCAUAUUACUCACCAUCCCCUAAAAUAGACUACAAGUCUCCUCCUCCACCCUACGUCUACAGUUCUCCACCACCACCAUACUACUCACCUUCUCCAAAGGUUGAGUACACUUCUCCUCCACCACCAUAUGUUUACAGCUCCCCACCACCACCACCAUACUACUCACCAUCCCCUAAGGUAGACUACAAGUCUCCUCCACCCCCAUACGUUUACAGUUCUCCACCACCACCGUACUACUCACCUUCUCCUAAGGUUGAGUACAAGUCUCCUCCACCACCAUAUGUCUACAGUUCUCCACCACCACCACCAUACUAUUCACCAUCCCCUAAGGUUGACUACAAGUCUCCUCCACCACCAUACGUUUACAGUUCUCCUCCACCACCGUACUACUCACCUUCUCCUAAAGUAUACUACAAGUCUCCUCCACCACCAUAUGUCUACAGUUCCCCACCACCACCACCACCAUACUACUCACCUUCUCCAAAGGUUGAGUACAAGUCUCCUCCACCACCAUAUGUUUACAGCUCCCCACCACCACCACCAUACUACUCACCAUCUCCUAAGGUAGACUACAAGUCUCCUCCACCUCCAUACGUUUACAGUUCUCCCCCACCACCAUACUACUCGCCUUCCCCUAAGGUUGAGUACAAAUCGCCUCCACCACCAUAUGUCUACAGUUCUCCACCACCACCACCAUACUACUCACCAUCCCCUAAGGUUGACUACAAGUCUCCUCCACCACCGUACGUUUACAGUUCUCCUCCACCACCGUACUACUCACCUUCCCCUAAGGUGUACUACAAGUCUCCUCCACCACCAUAUGUUUACAGUUCCCCACCACCACCACCAUACUACUCACCAUCCCCUAAGGUAGAGUACAAGUCUCCUCCACCACCGUACAUUUACAGUUCUCCUCCACCACCAUACUAUUCACCUUCUCCUAAGGUAAACUACAACUCUCCUCCACCACCAUAUGUUUACAGUUCCCCACCACCACCAUAUUACUCACCUUCCCCUAAGGUAUACUACAAAUCUCCACCACCACCAUAUGUCUACAACUCUCCACCACCACCAUACUACUCACCUUCUCCUAAGGUACACUACAAGUCUCCUCCACCACCGUAUGUUUACAGUUCUCCACCACCAUAUUACUCACCUUCUCCUAAGGUACACUACAAGUCUCCACCACCACCAUAUGUCUACAACUCUCCACCACCACCAUACUAUUCACCAUCCCCUAAAGUACCAUACAAUUCUCCACAACACCCUCAUGUAUGUGUUUGUCCACCACCUCCUCCAUGUUAUACUCCAUCACCAAAGACAAUAUACAAAUCUCCACCACCACCAUAUGUCUAUAGUUCUCCACCACCGCCAUACUACUCUCCAUCCCCUAAAAUAUACUACAAGUCUUCUCCACCUCCGUACGUUUACAACUCUCCACCCCCACCAUACUACUCACCUUCCCCUAAAGUGUACUACAAGUCUCCUCCACCACCAUACGUCUACAGUUCCCCACCCCCACCGUACUACUCACCUUCCCCUAAAGUAUACUACAAGUCUCCUCCACCACCAUACGUCUACAAUUCCCCACCACCACCACCAUACUACUCACCUUCUCCAAAGGUUGAGUACAAGUCUCCUCCACCACCAUAUAUCUACAGUUCUCCACCACCACCACCAUACUACUCACCAUCCCCUAAGGUAGACUACAAGUCUCCUCCACCCCCAUACGUUUACAGUUCUCCACCACCACCGUACUACUCGCCAUCCCCUAAGGUUGAGUACAAGUCUCCUCCACCACCAUAUGUCUACAGUUCCCCACCACCACCACCAUACUACUCACCAUCCCCUAAGGUAGACUACAAGUCUCCUCCACCACCGUACGUUUAUAGUUCUCCUCCACCACCGUACUACUCACCUUCCCCUAAGGUGUACUACAAGUCUCCUCCACCACCAUAUGUCUACAAUUCUCCACCACCACCACCAUAUUACUCACCAUCCCCUAAAGUAGACUACAAGUCUCCUCCUCCACCAUACGUUUACAGUUCUCCACCACCACCACCAUACUACUCACCUUCUCCAAAGGUUGAGUACAAGUCUCCUCCACUACCAUACGUUUACAGUUCUCCACCACCACCACCUUACUAUUCUCCUUCGCCAAAAGUUGAAUACAAAUCUCCACCACCACCUUCAUAUUACUGAAAACCAGUAAAUGCAUGUCUUAAAUAAGCUUUCCAGUGUUAUUUGAUUUCAAAUCAUUUCUUCUUGUUACAUGUGUGCAAUCAAUUUAAUUUUUCUUGAUAAUGUGGACUAAUAACAUGAUUACAAUACAUUUAUAUGGUCUCGUGUGUUUUCUUUUAUUUAAUUUGUGCAAAGAUUGCUUGCAGUAUGUUUUUAAUUCUUUGCAACGAGUCAAUGAUUAUG